AUGGCUGAGCAAAGUGAGCAACCUACCGCUACUACUAUGGAACCAAUGAGUUCAUGCUCGUCAUCGGCUUUGCCGCAAUUGCCCCACACGACACAACCAUCAUCCGCCUCGUGCCCUUCGGGCCGCUCAGGCCGUUCUAGCCGUUCCAGCGCCACCGUGGUGGCGCAGAAGCUCGCGGCGCAGGCCGAGCACGCACGCCGCGUCGCCGAGCUCGAGCGCGCCGUGUUGGAGAAGGAGCGAGUUGCAGCUGAUUUGGAACUGCAAGCCGAACUAGCUGCGAUCGAUGCGCAUAGUGGUUCUAGUAGCCGGUACAGUAGAACAGCUGAUUGGGUGGCUUCAUGUAACAAUGAUCCUAAUUUGCAGGUGCCUAUGCUCGUCAAUGACGAUGACAAAGAAUAUGUGCGUAAACCGUCAGUGUCGGUACCCUUGGCGGUACUAUUUCCCGGCGCUGCUACCACGGAUGCGCCUUCAUCGUCAGUGGCUUUCCCAACGCCGCACCAAGGGCAGCCGUCGCUUAUUGAGGCAACGAAAAGCGUUGCCGCGCCGGCUACCGUGCGGCCGGAGCCGCCCGCGCCUGCCGGACCUGCCCCAGCUAAGCCGCUACGUCAGCCUCAAGCAUUACCUACUAGACAUGCACAUUACUUAGGUUUAGGUACACAUACACAACGCGAUUUAUGUAACAAUUUUAAUAAAGUUGCUAUUAGCCAGGAUACACCUACUGAUAUACAACAAUUAGCUGAAGCCAUCACGAGCCUGGCCGCGUCGAAGCAGCAGUCGCCGCGGGUGAGUGACCUAAAGCUUCCUUUGUUUGAUGGGCGAAUCCAGGACUGGCUACUAUUUAAACGUACGUUUGAUCUAACCAAAGCUGGGUUUUCUCCGCUAGAAAACCAAGCUCGGCUAAAUUUUGCUUUGCGAGGCGUUGCUAGAGACGAAGUAGGCGCGCUUCUAGCCUCUGCGCGAGACCCAGACGUGGUCAUGAGCGCCUUGGAGGCUAGAUUCGGCCGCCCCGAGCAUAUUGUGUUGAACGAGAUAGCCCAGGUCAAGGCUUUGCCCAGGCUUAGUAGCAUUGAUGGUGGUAGGGAAAUGUGCCAAUUUGCCUGUCGAGUCCGCCGGUGCGUAGAAACAAUUCGCGUACUCAACCAGGCCGAGUACUUGGCUUCCCCGGAAUUGUGUAAUACUAUCGUGAGUAAACUAAGCGCGCUCUUGCGAGCACGAUGGGCAGAUUUUGCAUUCUCUCGUUGUCAUACUAAAUGCAGGCUCGAACUUCUCGCAGAUUUUCUGUCUCAUGAAAAUGAAAUUCAUUCAAAAUUUGGUUUCAUUCCCGACAUGAAAUUGUCAUUGUCAGAUAGACCGGUCAGAGAGCAAUUGUAUGCGGCCUGUACAGAUGACAUUGACAACGAAGAGAGUUCCUAUAUGACUAAUGAUUAUUCCUCGGCUAAAAACUCUUUGUCUAAAAAACAGACAACUAAGCCAGCGCCAUCUAAUUUAGUUGGCGAGAAACAACUUCCUUGCAAAUUCUGUCAAAAAAGUAACCACGAAUUAGUAGGGUGCAAGGAGUUUCAAGUACUUCAUGUGGACGACAGAUGGCAGUGGGUAAUUGAAAAUAAAUUUUGUAGAAAAUGUUUGCGAAAGGGUUCGCACUUAUACAAGCUGUGUAAAGCUAAAUGUGACAUUCCUACAUGCAGUCGUAGUUUUAGCCACCACACUUUGCUUCAUUCCCCGAUAGCACCGGAGCAUAACAAUCUCAUUUCGUUGGAGGCGAAUGUUGACAUUGUUCCUGAACACUCUAAAAAUAACGACGUCGCACACGACUCGAGCUCCGACGACGUCGAGGUGGUCGCGCAUACAACAUCGCAGCAGCAUGUGGAUGGAGCGGGUCGUCGUCCGCUGCUCAAGGUGAUUCCUGUGUCGGUCAGCGGCCCUCUGGGCUCGGCGGACAUAUAUGCUCUCCUCGAUGAUGGCUCAACGGCUACCAUUAUCGAUUCAAAAGUGGCUGAAGACAUCGGCGCUGUGGGGCCUAAGGGGAACAUUACGGUAAAUUGUAUAGGUGGGCUUUCUAAAAGUUCGGAAGUCACAUUUGUAAAUAUUAAUAUAAAAGGUAAACAUGGUCAAAAAUCUUUCGAUAUUUCUAAUGUUCGUGCCAUGCCAAAAUUAAAUUUAACCAAUUGUCAAUCGGUGUCGGCGGAUGACAUUUCGCGCUUUGACUAUUUACGUGAUUUGACGGAAGAGCUGUGUUACGAACAAGCAAAGCCCGCAUUGAUCAUCGGAGUUGACAACUGGCACUUGAGUGUUCCGCUCGCAGUACGUCACGGUUCUAGGUGUCAGCCGGUUGCCACUCGUACGCCUUUGGGUUGGGUUCUGUAUGGAUUCUCUUCCAGUAAAACAAAACCGGUUGAAUUUGUUAACCAUUGCAAUUUUGACGAAAGCGAAUCCGUGGAGACACUGAUAAAAGAAAAUUACAAGCUAGACUCAAUUGGAAUUGAGAAAAAAGAUUAUCGUACUAAAAGUCAGGCUCGCGCUUUGGACAUUUUGGAAAAUACAACUCGGCGUCUUCCCGGAGGUCGCUUUGAAACUGGUCUUUUGUGGCGAGAUGACUUAAAAGAUGUACCAAAUAAUUUUGAGAUAGCCUUGUCGCGUUUUAAGAGCCUGGAACGGAAAUUUCAAAAAGAACCCGAGUUCGCAGAAGCUUACCGUCUGAAUAUGCAGGCUACUAUAGAUAAAGGUUACGCGGAAAUUUGUACUAAGCCGCCAAGCGGCAUCACUUGGUAUUUGCCUCAUUUCGGAGUCUUUCACCCUCAGAAGCGUAAGUUAAGGAUUGUUCACGAUGCUGCAGCUAAGUUUCUGGGAAUAAGCUUUAACUCUAUGCUUCUGUCAGGUCCUGACUUGCUUCAAAAUUUAGUCGCGAUUCUAAUGCGUUUUAGAGAAGGCUGCGUAGCGUUAAACGCGGAUAUCCGGGAAAUGUUCCCUCAGAUAAAAAUUCGAGAAAACGAUCGCGACGCGCAGCGCUUCUUGUGGCGCAGCGACUCUUCUUCACCAAUCGAAGUAUAUAGAAUGUCCUCAAUGAUUUUUGGGGCCACUUCCAGUCCGUGCACUGCACUGUAUUUAAAAAAUAAAAAUGCGCUUGAUCAUCAGCACCUGUAUCCUGAUGCUGCACAAGCCAUUGUAAAUAAUCAUUAUAUGGAUGACUAUUUGGGAAGCCUGGACGACGUCGACGGCGCCGCUCGUCUGGCAGCCGAUAUAGUGAAGGUACAUAGCUUAGCUGGCUUUGAGAUGAGAUCGUGGGUAUCUAAUAAACCGGAGGCGUUGUCCUUGCUGCCGCCUGAGCUGUGUAACCUUACCACACCACAAGUAGGCUUAGGUCCAUCAUCUUCCUCAUCUAGCGUUUCAUCAUCAUCAGACUGCAUUAGAAUUUUGGGGUUGUCUUGGAACAUUGUAGAAGACAACCUAUAUUUUCGGAUUGACGUGCCCGAGGAAAUCCCAUCGCCACUUACGAAGAGAGCAGCUCUCUCAUUACUAAUGCGAGUGUACGAUCCUCUUGGGUUUCUAGCUCCGAUCGUAGUCCAAGGGCGUAUAAUGUUCCAAGACUUAUGGAGAAAAGGGGUUUCAUGGGACGAAUCAACUUCUGCUUCUAUCGUAGCCAGCUGGUCAUCAUGGCUUCAAAGGCUCGUUGAAGUUAAAACCUGUUCAAUUCCACGUUGGUAUCAGGCUUUCCAUCAUCACCAGAAACCCGACUUGGAGUUGCACGUUUUCGCUGAUGCGAGUGAGUACGCAUACGCGUGCGUUGCAUAUUGGCGUUUGAGUCUUGGCAAUGACAGCGUUCAACUCACCCUAAUUGGUGGGAAAGCUCGACUUGCACCAUUAAAGCCUGUGUCUAUGCCCAGACUCGAGCUACAAGCUGCCUUGAUAGCUGCGAGGUUUGCAAGUUUCAUCAUUCAAGCUCAUAAACAUAAACCAUGUCGUGUUACCUUUUGGUCCGAUUCCAUGACAGUGCUUAGAUGGUUGCGAAGUGACGCCCGCACUUUUAAACCCUUUGUGGCGCAUAGGGUUGGCGAGAUUACGGAAAUUUCAGACGUUUCUAAUUGGCGGUACGUGCCCUCCUCUGAUAAUGUUGCGGAUGACGCCACGCGCCCUAGCACUUCUAAAUUCGACACGUCCGCUCGCUGGUUCACCGGACCUUCGUUUCUCUUAGAACCAUCAUGUCAUUGGCCUUGUGAACCGUCGAGUGAGGUCCCAUUAUCUCGUGAUGACGAAGUCAAACGUUCCGCUACAUCAGAAAUAGUGGGACAAAUCAAUGUUCAACCGCAUGAACUACCUUCACCGGUCGUUGCGGACCAUUCAAGGUUUUCUGAAUGGUUGCGUUUAGUUCGUAGUACGGCCCGCGUUCAACAAUUUAUUAAUUUAGUUCGGUUGCGUUUAAAUUUGAGACGUCAAAAUUCUAAAUUAACUUUGAAGAAAGAACUCUCAAGAACGAAGAACUUUCAUCCUUUGUCGGCGGAGCUUAUCGAAGAAGCUGAGAAGAGGCUGUUGUUAAAGAGUCAAAUUGACAGCUUCCCUGAUGAGUUAAUACAACCUGGUCAUCUUUCACCUCACUCGAGAUUAAAGCAUCUUGAUAUACGUCGUUCAUCAGAUAGUCUUCUCCGCCUCGUCGGGAGGAUUCUCCGUGCUCAAGACGUAGAUACGGAGCCUAACCCCAUAAUCUUGGACGGAAAACAUCAUAUCGUGCAACUCAUGAUCAUGCACUUUCAUAAGCGAGCCGCCCACGCUAAUAAUGAGACCGUCGUAAACCAACUGAGACGUGAAUACUUUAUCCUUCACCUGAGACCUUCCGUGAAGAAAGCUGCCAGCUCUUGUCUCUACUGCCGAAUUAGAAAGGCUCAGCCACUUAUACCUCUGACUGGUGACUUACCUGAGGCAAGGCUUGCACAUCAUCAAAGGCCAUUCUCGAAUGUGGGGCUUGAUUAUUUUGGUCCAGUUUCUGUCAGCAUCGGAAGAAGAACUGAAAAAAGAUACGUCGCGCUGUUCACGUGUUUAACUGUUCGAGCGGUGCAUCUAGAAAUAGUCGCAAGUCUCACUACUGAUUCUGCUAUCAUGGCUUUGAGGCGAUUUAUAGCUAGAAGAGGUACCCCCUCGCUCAUCUACUCCGAUAAUGGGACUGCUUUUGUUGGAACUAACAACAAGCUAACAGAAAUAUACGACUUCGCUGCUAGCAAUAAAAUCGUAUGGAAGUUUAUACCACCAAUAACUCCAUCGAUGGGAGGAGCGUGGGAACGGCUGGUGAGGUCCGUCAAGACUGCGCUAUCGGUAACCCUAAAAGAACGAUCACCCCGCGAGGAGACGCUGCACACGCUUUUACUGGAAGCAGAAGCGUUGGUCAAUUCGCGUCCACUUACUCAUGUUCCCGUGGCGCCGCACGAAGAUCAGGCCCUAACACCAUUCCAUUUCCUUAUUGGAACAGCCACGAAUGAACCAGUCCUGCGUCCUGUUUCAGACACAGACCUUUGGGGACGCACCCAGUGGAAGAAAGGGUUAAGGUUAGCUGACCAUUUCUGGAAGCGAUGGGUUGAUGAGUACCUUCCAACACUCGUGCCAAGACGCAGCAUACCCCCGCAGCCAAAGGUUCAGCUGAAAGUUGGCGACCUUGUCCUAAUUGGUGAUGGAGCUCUUCCUAGAGGAACCUGGCCCCGAGGCAGAGUGACCGCCGUGUGGCCUGGAUCAAGGGGAGUCGUCAGAUGCGCUGACGUUGCCACGAAAGGAGGCACAUUACGUCGCCCCGUCAGGAAGCUGGUGCUGCUGCCGACUGUCGCCUGA